ACAGCAGCGGAGCCCAGCGGGCUCCGGCCGCCCCCCGAGCCCCCCGAGCCCCCGCCGGGGCAGCCGGAGCGCCGGUUUUGGAGGCUUGUUUUGAACGCUGACACCAUGGCACUGAGGCUCCUGGGAAUGGCGCCCUUCUCCCUCCUCAGCCUUGGAGUCCUGGUCCUGCUUCUGGCUCUCCCUGCUGAUGCUGGGCUCUCUCAGAAGCACGUCUCAGACGUCGUGGAUGACAGCAAAGACAACAUCACCAUCUUCACCCGCAUCCUGGACAGGCUCCUGGACGGAUACGACAACCGCCUGCGGCCUGGGCUCGGAGACAGUGUAACUGAAGUCAAGACAGACAUUUACGUGACGAGUUUCGGCCCUGUCUCGGACACAGACAUGGAAUACACCAUCGAUGUCUUUUUCCGGCAAUCCUGGAGAGAUGAAAGGCUGAAGUUUGAUGGUCCCAUGAAAAUCCUUCCCCUGAACAACCUGCUGGCCAGUAAGAUCUGGACUCCUGACACUUUUUUCCACAACGGGAAGAAAUCUGUUGCCCACAACAUGACCACCCCCAACAAGCUGCUGCGCCUGGUGGACAAUGGCACCCUCCUGUACACCAUGAGGCUGACCAUCCACGCCGAGUGCCCCAUGCACCUGGAGGACUUCCCAAUGGACGUGCACGCCUGCCCCCUGAAAUUUGGGAGCUAUGCCUACACAAAGACAGAGGUGAUCUACACCUGGACCCUGGGGAAGGAUAAAUCUGUGGAAGUAGCCAAGGGUGGAUCUCGCCUGAACCAGUAUGACCUGCUGGGCCAUGUGGUUGGGACAGAGAUGGUUCGAUCCAGCACAGGGGAAUACGUCGUCAUGACCACUCACUUCCACCUGAAGAGGAAGAUCGGGUACUUUGUGAUCCAGACCUACCUGCCCUGCAUCAUGACCGUCAUCCUGUCCCAGGUCUCCUUCUGGCUCAACAGGGAGUCGGUCCCUGCCCGCACGGUGUUCGGUGUCACCACGGUGCUCACCAUGACCACACUAAGCAUCAGCGCCAGAAACUCGUUACCCAAAGUGGCGUACGCGACGGCCAUGGACUGGUUCAUAGCCGUCUGUUAUGCCUUUGUGUUUUCUGCGCUGAUCGAGUUCGCCACCGUCAACUACUUCACCAAGCGCAGCUGGGCCUGGGAUGGCAAGAAGGUGCUGGAGGCCCAGGAGAUGAAGAAAAAAGAGCCGGUGGCGCUGGCCAAGAAAACCAACAACACCUACAACAUUGUUGGCACCACCUACGCCCUGAACAUGGCCAAGGAGCCCGGGCUGCCCACCAUCUCCAAGAGCGCUGCUGCCACUGCCACGGCCACCAGCGUGCCCCCCAAGCUGCCCCGCCUGGAGGAGAAGCUCCCCGAGAGCAAGAAGACCUACAACAGCGUCAGCAAGGUAGACAAGAUGUCCCGCAUCGUCUUCCCAGUGCUCUUUGCCAUUUUCAACUUGGUCUACUGGGCCACCUAUGUGAACCGGGAGUCGGCUAUCAAGGGAAUGAUCCCCAAACAAUAAAGCCGGUCACACAAACCUUCCAUCAGUGAGCAUCAUCCCAGCAGGAAUUCUCCAGGGCUUUCUUCUUUUCUUCUUUUGUUCAUUUAUUAUUAUUAUUAUUAUUAUUAUUAUUAUGUCACUCUUUUAUAAAUGUAAACAAAACUGUGGUUUUAAUUUAAUCCCAUAUAUACUUUGGUUUUGUUUACUUUGAUGAUGAAAGCUAAUAAGAAAAAAAAAAUAAGGGAUCAUAACAAGUUGUGCCUCUAACAUCUUAAGUCUGCUGUCACCCAUCUAGCCAAGUCACCCUGUGCUGCCAUCUCUGCCACCUCCUGUGGUCCCCAUGGUCUUCAUGCCUCUGCCAUUUCAUGCUGUGCCCUGGGGCUGCUGCUCUGGGGCUCCUCCUCUGUGCUAGGCUGCCCUAGCAUGAGGGAUGCUCCUGGACACCUGGGCUGUAGGGUGUGCCAGUCACUCAGCCAGGCUCCUCCUCAGUGCCUGGCACUUUGUGCUGGGUCCUGCAGCUGGGCUGUGAAUGCAGGUGAGCUGGUCACCUGCAGGGACAAGGCAGCAGCCUGGCAUGGGCCAGCUUGUGGCCCAGCGCCUGCUGGGGCAAACCUACCACUGCUGUGGUUCCCAGAGCCAUUGCAGGGGUGGCAGCAUCUUGUAGGUAUUGCAGGUCUUCUUCCUCUCUGUCUUCACCAAACCCAGCUGGUUUUGUCUCUCCAGACAAGAAAGGUGGGAAAGGUCCUGUCUGGCUGGCAUCCUGCACUCUUGGUGCAAUUCAUGUUAGCAGAAGUGUGGUUCCUAGCAGAGAAUUCAUUCUUCUCAGCAUCAGUCAGGAAUCCAGGCAGAGGCUUUACAAAGCCUUGGAGGAGAUGGCAGCUGUGAGGGUGCAUGCCCUCUGCACGAGGACUGGGAGCCACGGAGUUCCUGCUCAGAUGAUGGUCAAUCACCUUCUCUUAUGGCUCCAUCCACUUACCCUUCUUAGCAGAUCCUCUCUGUCCCAGCUCCUUCUUCCAGCUUCCCCUUCAUCUUCCUCAGCAGCCCUCACUGGUGUCUCAGUGCUCACUCGUGGGUUUAGGCAGGAAGCUCCCUGCUCCUGGGUAAGCUGAUGGGGAGCAGCAGAGCCUGGGCAAGUCCAGCUCAUGGUACCUCCCUGCUCCAGUGCAGGAUGUCCCUGUGGCACUGCCACGGGGAUGAGGCAGGGGAAAGGGGGUCCCCAAGAGUCCCCCUGCCCCUGGUGAACUCAGCACCACAGGAAAACAGCAGAAGGGGCUCUUUGGAAGAGCAGGGUGACACUGCUGUCCCUUAGAGCCAUGUGAGCCAGGUGCUGUCCCACAAAGCAACUGAGGUAAGACCUAACAGUCUAACACUGCACACUGUUCCAAGGAAAGCCCUCCAGUGCCUUGGAGAGAGGCUUUUUCUCCCUGCCUGACCACCCCAGUGCACCCAAACCACAGUUUGUCCCUUUCCCAGCAGCAGCAGCACAAAGUGGUGACAUCCAAGCCAUCUGUCCCUGCAUCUAUGGGCACUCUGUCCUCCUAAAGGGGUGACAUCCUGUCCCUGAUGAUUCCUUGGUGUAGCACAGUCCUGCUGCCACAGAGGGGUGCACCCCUCUUCCUUAGGCCUCCCUCUGCUCCCCUGGCUGCCCCCCAGAGCUGCCCCAGCACGUUUUGGGCUCAUGCAGCCAAGCCAAGCCCCCAGCACCCCCAGGGUGACACCUUCAGCCUUGCUUUGAGCCACUGUGCCAGGCUCAGCUUCCCCCUGCCCGUGCAGGAGCAGGGCUGAGCACAAGGCACAGGAUUUGCCCCACCUGGAAUAUCCAUGGGGGCAGCAGGAUGGAGGGAGGAAGGCCAGGGCACUUUGUCCUGCAGCGUGGGUGGCACUGCUGCAUGUCCUGCCUGUCCCUUACCAACCUCACUGCCUCAACAGCAGUGCAGUCACUGCCCCUGCCCACAGCUGAGAUUUGGAGAGGAGUUUGGAGAUGUUUAGCCCAGUCCCAGGGUGCUGAGUCCACAAGAACAUCCACAUGGCUGGCAACAUAAGCAAGGAGGAAACAGACCCUCCCCCAAGCUGCUGCUAAGGAAACCAGCUGUGUCCACAUCCUGUCACAGCACCUGCACCCCAAACCCUGUCAUUUCUACAGUGCCUUGCAUCCCCAAGGGCUCCCUGGUGGGUGGGACCCAGGAGCUCUGCCUGCAGCACUGGGGUGGAGGAGCAGAGGGCAGGGUGCACCAUCCCCAGCCCUUCUGCUGGGCAGGGAGGACAGCCUGGCUUCUUUGGCACCUGGUUCUGCCUGUUGGGCCUCCUGCAGCUGCUGCAGCCACCCCACUGUGACACCCCAGCUGCCCAUCACUGCCUCGAGGUGUCCCCAAGCUCCGAGGCACCCCCACACUCCCUCCAGCAGUGAGCUCCCUUCCUGCCACCCUUCUGCUCCCUGGGCUCCCCAGCUGGCUGGUUUGGAAACAUUUUCUUAAAUAAGCUAGAUGAAGAGUGUCUCAUAAAACAUUCAUGUCACUAUAAUACUCAGGCCUAAGUGAAUGGAAUAGAUACCCUACAACAAGCAAAACCAACACAAUAAAGUGGUCACAAAGAGCAUGUUGUGUUUGCUAAUGGAAUUACAGCAAGUUUAAAUACUGCAUCCAAUGGCUUAGCUGACUGAGCUGGCCCUGCUGCAGAGGUGGUUUCCUCUGCUAGCCUGGGAAUUCCCCAAAAUCCCUUUUACACCAAGAGCCACAUUGCUGUGUGUUGGUGUCUGCUUUGUAGAGCUCUCCAUAAAUUGUCACAGAAUCACAGAAUCACAGAAUGAACUAGGCUGGAAAAGACCUUUAAGGUCAUCUAGUCCAACCUAUGAGCUAAAACCUCCUCAUCAACUAAAGCAUGGAACUGAGUGCCACGUCCAGUCUUACUUCAAACAUCUCCAGGGAUGGUGACUCCCCCACCUCCCUGGGCAGAUGAUUCCAGCAUGCAAUCAUUCUUUCAGUGAAGAGAUUCUUUCUAACAUCUAACAUCUAACUUCCCUUUGUGCAGCUUAGGACUGUUUCCUCUCCUUCUGUCAGUUGUUGCCUGGGAGAAGAGACCAACCCCACCUGACCACAAGCACCCUUCAGGGAGCUGUAGGGAGUGAUGAGGUCACCCCUGAGUCUCCUUUUCUCCAGGCUGAACAACCCCACCUCCCUCAGCCAUUCCUCACAGGGUUUGUGUUCCAGGCCCCUCACCAGCCUCGUUGUCUCCUCUGAUGUGUUCAAGAAUCUCAAUGUCCUUCCUAAACUGAAGGGCCCAGAACUGGACCCAGAAAGGUGUCAGGUCUUGCCAUCAGCUUCUCAGCAGCCCAAGCACCCUGGGGCUGCCUCUGCUGCCUGCCCAGGCCAGGUGGGCUCAGUGCUGUGGGGUGAUGCUCAGGAGAGGGGCUGGACACAGCACUGGGGCAGCCCCUGAGCCUCCUCCCUCCCUUCCUGCUGUGAUCCAGUGCUGUUCCUGAACUGUUGGGGUGAAUCCCUGCCCGUCCCUCCCCACAGUGCUCCCCUCUUGUCCCUGCCCAGGACACUGCCCACUGCUCUGCCUUGCCCAUGGCACCCAUCUGCUGGCUGUUCCAAAAGCAGUGCCUGACAAAGGCUGCCUUCCUGUGCCUGUGUGAGCACGCCUCGAAAGCCAAGUCUAUUCCCAACCAAAGGCUGGCAUGGGCUCUGAGUGUCUUUGCCAGCUGGAAGCAGAAAUACCGGCAUCCUUUGGUUAAAGACAACAAACCAAACAGGAUUUCUAGUUUGGCUUCCAAGCAGGAAAGCAUUUCGGGAAGAUAGUUAUAAAUAAGUGGUUUAACAUCUCCUGCCAGCAGACAUCACAGAGAAGAUAAUGUUCUUUUUUUAUAAAACUGUCAGUGACUCAAAUUAGGACUUUUCCUUCCCAGUUAACGCGAGGCUGCUGAUGGGGGCUUCUUCAAAGUGCUUGCCAGGCCAGAGCUAAUCUAGCAUCAAUUACUGGAGUUUUAGGCUUGCUGUGAUAGCAUAUAAGGGUUCCAUUUUUAUGGCUGAUCUGUAUAGAAAUUUAUCUGUGUUAUGACCACUGAUAACCUAAUCCACAGUUGUGCAGAGAGUGCGCACUGUGAACCUCAAGACUCCAAUAUUUCUUUUCUUCUAGCAAGGCCCAAACUUCCCUGACUUGAACACACUCUCCUGGGAAAAUAUUUGGAAGCCUUUGAGGAUGAUAAAAAUGAGCUGUUGGUCUGGACUCUUGUUUUGCAGCUCACACCACCUGAGAAACACACAGUGCAGUCCCAGCCUCCUGGAAAUGUCAUGGGGAUGUUGUGGCACUGAUAGCUCGCCCCUUCCCCCUUCUGAAACAGCUCAUGGGCAGCAGAGAACUGAGCCUGGGGAGGCAGGGACAGCUCCCCUGGGGUCCCUCAGCAGGCAGGGACAGCAGAGUGCUCACUGAAUGCUGGCACAGAGAACAUCCCUGUGGGGUGACAGGAGAGGGCUGGGGCAGAGGGGUCCCUCAGUGCCACCCAUUCUCCUAAGGGCUGGUGAAGUUCCCCUCACAGAACAUCCUGAAAUCUUCUCAAACAUCACCCAGCAGGGCUGUGACACUCCAGACAGAGCUUCCCUGCUCUCCUUUGUGCAAAGCUCUCUAAGCAAAGCUGGCGGCACCACAGCCAGCAAAGCCCCCCCAUCCUGAUCCCUGCCAGUUCAGUGGCACUGGCAGGCUCCUGGUGUUUGCUGCAGGACAUCCCUGUGUGAGCAGACCCCAGCCUUGCUGCUCCCAGGCACGGGAUUGUCCCCAGGCUGUCCCUGCUAGCCCAUCCUAUGGACACCAGGUGCAUCCAUUUCUCAUCCCUGAUUUCUUCUGUCCAUGUCUAGGAUUCCUUUCAGCCCUCCUUGGGGAGGAUUACAGCACAGCCCAGGACAGGGUUUCUCCUGUGGCAGGUCACCUCUCCUAGGAAGAGCCUCUGUUCUGCUGAGAACCUCUGAGAGACCUUCACAAACCUGGGGCUGCUGCCUCUCCCAGGGGAUCCAGGAGAGUUCUGCAGCACAGAGGUGCUCUCCCAGCAGGCUUUCCUUGGGAAGGCUUUGUCAGGGAUGUGCUAGUGCCCCCCUUCCAUGUUCUUGAUCCUGGCAGUGGUGCAGAGCUGGGUGGGGCUGUCACAGCACAGAGUGUCAGGCCAGCCCCACUCCAGGCCCUCUCCCCCAAAUUUUAUCCCUCCCUGGGGCCACACUUCAGCCCACCUGGUCAGACACCUGUGUGCAUUUUGCAGACUGCAGAGAAACAUUUCCAUGAUUCCUGUUGAGGUUGGGGAGGGCUCAACCAGGGCAAAGGACACAUUGAUGGAAACAUAACCGCUCUAUUAAUAUCAAAGUAGGAAAAAGAAACAUCUAAGCAACUCACCAAUCCUCUCCAUAUCAAGCUAAACUACUUCUGAAGGUAGUUUUGGCAAGAGGCCACAGCACAGAUGAGAUUGAUGGCUUCCAGGUAUAAAUAUUUACUGUUUGACCUUGUUAUUGUUCCAUCAACCAAAGGUUUUUGCAUAUUUAUAUAUAUAUAUACAUGCAUGUGUGUGUAUAUUUAUGCUCACAAACUCUUUACAUCUAAAUAUCAAACCUCUUUGUCUUUGAAAGACAGAAUGGCCACUUUUAAUUAUUUUACUUCCCCUCAUUCUCUUUGCUGAAUCUUCUAGAGUGAGGUGAACCCUCUCCACUGGGCUGUGGGAGGCACAGGGAAUAAAGGCAGCAAGGGAGCCCCACUCUGGGGGCUCAGGGCAGGCUUGUUGCUUGGAGCCAGGUCAUUGCUGGCAGUGCUGCCCAAAAUCUUUCAGGAAAACUCAAUCCCCAGUGUCACAGCUGUUCCAACACAGCCCUGGACACAGGGAUGUUCCUGAGAUGGCUUUUUAACAGCUGAGUGCUACAAGCAAUUGGUCCUCACCCCACUGCACAAGCAGGGAAUGUGCAGUGUGAGCUCUCCACCCUCAGUCUGCUUCAGGAGGGAGCACAAAACCUGCUGGGAUCCACUCCAGCUGUCCCUGGCCAGAGGAACACCUUGGCCUCUCCUGCCUAGCUCAGGGGAGUGCUGGCAUCCAGGUGGGAUGCAGGGGUACCUGUGUGAUCAUCCAGGUGGGAUGCAGGGAUAACUGUGGGAUCAUCCAGGUGGGAUUCAGAGAUACCUGACUUUGUGAUCAUUGUGGCAGGGGUCAGCAGGAGCUGCUGCUGUCCUGAUCUCAGCACAAGCAGGACCACACACAGAUGCUGGGCAGCCUGGGAGUGUGGCCCCUCAGAGAGGCACCCAGCACCAGCUCCCUCAGCAUCACCCCUGCCUCUCCCCUGGCUUAGAGGAAGCAUUCAGGCAGUGAACCUGCAAUUGCACUUGUAGCUCCUCUGUUCCCUGCCCUGCUGCUGGAGGGAGGCUGUGGCAGUCAGCAGUGAGGCCCUGUGGUGUCCCAGCCAGGAGAAUGAAGGAUGUCACCAGUUCUUGUCCUGGGUCUGUGCCUGCCUCCCACCACAGCAAUCUCUGCUGCUUUACACUCUUGGGUUUGGGUUGGUCCCAGCACUGAUGCUGGGUUUUGCUUGUGAAGCUCUAGGACAAAACAUGUCCUGGCUAUUGUCCUGUUCCUCUGUGUCCUGUUCCCCACUGGUGCAGAUCUCUCUGUACAAAACUUCACCAGUCCCAUCUGCCGAGAGAGGGAAGCCUGGUUCCAUGUUUGCUGUGUGAGCCAGGGCGCUCCCACAGACUUUGAAGGCUCUUGGCUCCUCUCUUCAGCACUGCUUGAAGGCCCUGUCAGCUCGAUAAGACCACUGUGAGCUGCUCUGUCUCCCUGAAAAGUCUGUCAGUGCCUCCUGUCUUUCUGCAAGGCACCCAGCAAAUGUAACAGCAGUCAUACAUGGCAUGAUUUGAGUUUUGCAAUCACAGAAAGUAGGGACAGAGCUGGGAAACGUGAGUCACUGCCACACUGCCUUUGCCAGGCUGCAUUUAGAGUGGAAGGUUCCUCUCUGCUGUCACAAGGGACAUUCUCAGCCCCCCCAGCCCAGCCAGGUGGCCUCGAGCAUCCCUUCACCACCGGAUUGUCACUGUCACUGACCUGGGGAUAGCUGCAGGCACAUGUCCUGCCUGAAGGUGAGGGCACCAGCUGCUCCUUUAGGUACAGAGAGUGGCACUAGCACCGUGCCAGGGCAGCCCAUCCUGAAAAAGAGCACACCCAGCAAAUCAGAGACCCACCAUUGUCACUGCCCCAGGUCCAGCCUGUGCCCCAGUGCAUCCUCAGCUUUGUUUUCCAUCUUGUGAGACUUUCUUUACACCACUAUGAGAAAGGAUCUAGCUGGCAGCAGUUUAAUGCAUGACAAUCCUGUUAUUACAGCUGUAAAUAAAUAACAACUAGGGGGAAAAAAAUGCAUUUUUAAAAUUUUUUGUUGACUUUAUUUUCACUAUUGACUAGCUGGUAGCCACUUUCUUAAGGGAUUUCUCAUGGAAACUGUGACCUUUCUUCUCUCUAUUUCUCUCUCUCUCUUUCUUUCUGAGAUUUUUUUUCUGUGUUUCAAAUGCUUUUUGGUGCAAUGUUCAAUGCCUGUUUGUAUUUUUGAAUUGUAUUUUUCAACCUUUGCUGGAAAAAAGGAAAAAAAAAAGGCCCAUUCUAACUGGCAGGAUUUUUAGUCCUGCCAUUUUUUUCAGUUUUUAGCUUUUGCAGUAAGUUAAAGCAACAGAAAAAUGCCUCAAAAAAUUACAGUGAAGUUCUGAGGAGAGAUUAGAAAACACCAGAAACAAGAAGUACAUGAGUAAGAUCAGCAAGUUGAGUGGAGGAGGAGGAGGACUCUUGUGACACCUGCUAACCUCCUGAUGUAGCACACAAGGUGGGACUAGACCUCUUCACUGAAUGAAAUCACUCUGCUUUUCCACUCUACCCACUCUCUCGAACUCCAAUCAAAACAAAUAAAAAUUCAUAUUUUAAAAAAG